GCUUCCCGCUGCCUGUCCCGCUCCUUCCUCUCGUUGGUCACCGCGCUACGGGCUCGUAAUGGCGGCAGCUGCGUAGGGGUUCCCGGAUCUAGCUGAAUCGCGGAGGCCGCCGCUGCUCCGCGCGCUCGGGCCCGGGGCAGCCAUGGGCCGAGAGUCCAGACAUUAUCGGAAGCGCUCCACAUCACGUGGACGUUCUGGUAGCCGCUCUAGAAGUCGAUCUCCAGCUGACAAAAGAACAAAACGUGGAGAAGACAGACGUUCUAGAAGUAGAGAUCGAGAACGCAGGCGUGAGAGGUCACGCAGCAGGGACAAGAGGAGAUCUCGGUCACGGGACAGGAAGCGCCUGAGACGUUCAAGAAGCAGAGAGAGGGAACGGAGCAGAGAGAGAAGAAGAUCACGCAGUCGAGAGAGGAAACGGUCCAGAAGCAGAAGUAGACGGUCCCGGUCCACCAGUCCUAACAAGAACAAGAAAACAGAAAACAGAUCAAGGUCUAAAGAAAAGACAGAAGGUGUGGAAGUUUCCAAAGAAAAGAAAAAAGAGAAAGAAGACAAAGAGGAAGAAAAGGAUAAAGAUGUUAGUAACUUUGAUCAGAACAAACUAGAGGAGGAAAUGAGAAAACGAAAAGAGAGAGUGGAGAAAUGGAGGGAAGAACAGCGCAAGAAGGCUAUGGAAAACAUAGGAGAACUGAAAAAAGAAAUUGAAGAGAUGAAACAAGGGAAAAAAUGGAGCUUAGAAGAUGAUGAUGAUGACGAGGAGGAGACUGCAGAAGGGGAAAAAGAAGCAGAUGAGAUUGAAGAUGAAGAAUUAGAUCCACUGGAUGCUUAUAUGGAAGAAGUUAAAGAAGAGGUCAAGAAGUUUAAUAUGAGAAGUGUGAAAGGUGGAGGUGGGAGUGAAAAGAAAUCUGGGCCGACUGUUACCAAAGUAGUAACCGUGGUGACAACCAAAAAGGCAGCUGCGGAAUCAGAAAAGAAGAAAGGGGAGCUCAUGGAGAAUGACCAAGAUGCAAUGGAGUAUUCGUCAGAAGAGGAGGAAGUUGAUCUUCAGACUGCCCUGACAGGCUAUCAGACCAAACAGAGGAAGCUGUUGGAACCAGUGGAUCAUGGAAAGAUAGAAUAUGAGCCCUUCAGGAAAAACUUCUAUGUUGAAGUACCAGAGCUGGCUAAAAUGACCCUAGAUGAGGUAAAUGUAUACAGGCUGGAAAUGGAGGGCAUUGUAGUCAAGGGAAAAGGCUGCCCCAAGCCAAUCAAAACCUGGGUACAAUGUGGUAUUUCCAUGAAGAUUCUCAGUUCUCUUAAGAAACAUGGCUAUGAAAAGCCCACUCCCAUCCAAACUCAGGCUAUACCAGCAAUUAUGAGUGGACGUGACUUGAUAGGCAUUGCUAAAACAGGAAGUGGAAAGACCAUUGCAUUUCUGUUGCCUAUGUUCAGACACAUCAUGGAUCAGAGGUCAUUAGAAGAAGGAGAAGGUCCAAUAGCUGUCAUCAUGACCCCAACUCGAGAGUUGGCUUUACAAAUUACCAAGGAAUGUAAGAAGUUCUCAAAGACACUUGGGUUUAGAGUUGUCUGUGUCUAUGGAGGAACAGGAAUCAGUGAACAGAUUGCUGAACUAAAAAGAGGUGCUGAAAUUAUUGUUUGCACACCUGGACGUAUGAUUGACAUGUUAGCAGCUAAUAAUGGUCGGGUGACAAACCUUCGCAGAGUUACAUAUGUUGUAUUGGAUGAAGCAGACAGAAUGUUUGACAUGGGUUUUGAACCUCAGGUCAUGCGCAUUGUAGAUAACAUCAGACCUGAUCGUCAGACAGUCAUGUUCUCUGCCACCUUCCCCAGAGCUAUGGAGGCAUUAGCUCGCCGAAUUCUGAAUAAGCCAAUUGAGGUACAAGUUGGGGGCAGGAGUGUUGUCUGUUCUGAUGUGGAACAAGAGGUGAUCGUGAUAGAAGAAGAGAACAAGUUCUUGAAGUUACUUGAGCUUCUGGGACAUUAUCAAGAGAAAGGAUCAGUCAUCAUAUUUGUCGAUAAACAGGAACAUGCUGACGGGCUGCUGAAAGAUUUAAUGAGAGCCUCUUAUCCCUGCAUGUCACUUCAUGGAGGUAUUGAUCAAUAUGACAGAGACAGCAUAAUUAAUGAUUUUAAGAACGGAGUGUGCAAACUUCUUGUGGCCACAUCUGUAGCAGCACGAGGCUUGGAUGUAAAGCAACUAAUGCUGGUAGUCAAUUACAGCUGUCCCAACCAUUAUGAAGACUAUGUGCACAGAGCAGGCCGAACUGGACGAGCGGGCAACAAAGGAUUUGCAUUCACUUUCAUUACUGAAGAUCAAGCACGGUAUGCUGGUGAUAUAAUUAAGGCAUUGGAAUUGUCAGGGAAACCAAUUCCUGCUGAGCUUGAGAAGCUCUGGAGUGACUUCAAAGAUCAACAGAAGGCUGAGGGGAAGACUAUUAAAAAGAGCAGCGGAUUCUCUGGCAAAGGAUUCAAGUUUGAUGAAACAGAACAUGCUUUGGCUAAUGAGCGAAAGAAACUACAAAAAGCUGCUCUUGGCUUGCAGGAUUCAGAUGAUGAGGAUACCGCUCUCGAUAUUGAUGAACAAAUUGAGAGCAUGUUCAAUUCAAAAAAGAGAGUGAAAGACAUGGCAGCACCGGGAACAUCUAAUGUUCCUACACCAACAGCUGGUAAUGCAGAAAAACUGGAAAUUGCCAAAAGACUAGCUUUAAGAAUUAAUGCUCAGAAGAAUCUUGGAGCAGAGGCACAAGUAUUGGUCCCUUUUCACUUUAAGGAUGUGAUGCAGCAGGCUACAAACGCUAUCUUGAGAGGAGGCACAAUUCAGGCUCCUACUGUAUCUGCCAAAACUAUUGCAGAGCAACUGGCUGAAAAGAUAAAUGCCAAGCUCAACUAUGUGCCCAUAGAAAAACAAGAGGAAGAAAAACAGGAGGGAGGACAAAGUGAAUCGUUUAAGAGAUAUGAGGAGGAAUUAGAGAUCAAUGACUUCCCACAGACUGCUAGGUGGAAGGUUACCUCCAAGGAAGCACUUCAGAGAAUCAGUGAAUAUUCUGAAGCUGCCAUUACAAUCAGAGGAACGUAUUUCCCUCCAGGCAAGGAGCCCAAGGAAGGAGAACGAAAAAUUUACUUGGCUAUAGAGAGUGCCAAUGAACUGGCUGUGCAGAAAGCAAAGGCAGAAAUCACUAGGCUUAUAAAAGAAGAACUUAUCAGACUGCAAAAUUCAUACCAGCCAACCAACAAAGGAAGAUACAAAGUUCUGUAAAUAUUUGGAGUAACCUGUCUGCCAGUGGCUGGUGUCUGACACUUCGUGGCUUCUGUUGUCUUUGGUGUUCACACUGCUUAUUGUAAAUUAAGAUAUUUUUAUUUUUUCCUUGCUGACAUUUUUAACACAAAAUUGAUAUUUGCUGAGACAUCUCAUUCUCUUCACUAAGGUUAGCAGUCUUAAAGCAGACCAGCUUUGUCAGGGCAUGAUUUAAUUGAAAAGUAUAGUUUAUAUAGUUUUUCACUGUAAAACUACUGAAUAAAACAGAUUUUUAAUUUACCUGACAUUCUAGUAUAAUGUAAAUUAAACGAUUUCGGCUUUGCAUUGGAAUUUGUUAAGGUGUACUUACAGCUUCACAUUUAUUGGGUAGUUCACACCUUUUCAGUUUUUUGUGGAAUAGUAAACCAGCCAAUAUAAGAGCAGAAUUUUCCUCCCUAAUCUGUAGCAUCUCUGUGACCUAUUCCAUAUGCAUUCCCUCUGCAAAACCCCCAUUGAUGUCAGUGAGAGCCCUGUGCUGAUCAGAGUUUAAAAUUUUGUCCUAGAACAAUUAGGGUUUAGUUUUUACAGAUGUUUUUUUCCCCCUCAUCCUUCUUUACUUCCUACUUUGCCUUUAUCAUUUGGGGAAUAGAAUAGUUAAAUCUUUGGGUUUCUUGUAAAAUGAGACAUUUUGUAGUACAAAAAUGGCUUUCAGAUUUUCUCUAAAUGUCAGCAUUUUAGGAUUUGAUUUUGUUCCCAUUCUUCAACCUUUAGUAAAUAAAAUAAAAUCAAGCUCCGCAAAAGAGAAACCACUUUUGUAAUCAAGUAUAAAGUUCGACACAUUUUUAUAGUGUUAUAUAUAUACAUUUAAUGUGAUUCUUUCAGGACUACUGUCCUUAUACUAUUAGAGAAUGGCUUUAGACAAAAAAUUAACUUUGUAGGUCGGCUCCACAAGCGUUGACCCUUAUUGCAGUGGUGGAACGUGAUCACUUCCUGGAGUCAGCUUUUUUUAACCCACUUUUCCCUCAUCCCCAGAAGCCAUUAACAUUUCACAUUGUUACUGUCAAGAUUUAAUUUUUUUUUAGCCUCUUGUCUUAUCUGUAACCAAAGUUACUGAUUGUUGAGUCGUUCUAGCAGCUGAAAAAGCUUUCAAGAAGAUAAACUUACAAGGCUUUUUGUAGAAAGCUUUUCUGACCUGACAUUGUGGAGGACAAAAUAUAAUUUUAAAAUAGCUAUGUGUAUGUACUGCUUUAACCCUAGUGAAGAACAAAUCAAAUCCUUGCAUCAUGGUUAUAAAUUCAUUUUUUCCAAAAAUCAAAUAUUUUGAAGUCCACUCCGGUUUUGAGAUACAAAAUAAAUUUGUAGAUUUAGAAGAAAACACUGGCCAUAUCCACUAAGCACUAUACAUUUACUCUGCCAGGAACAACCUUAAUACGAUACCUAAGAAAGUUUAAAAACAAAAACAAAAAAACCCUGAAUGGAGCCAGAAGUAGCGCAUAUAAGAAAAUCUUCUUAAAGUUCAAACAAAACCUCAGAUAUUUUCAAAAUCAGAUUCCCUUUAAAUGUUUCAGGCUUCACAAUUUAGUUAGGAUUAUUUAUUAUGUAAGAUGUUUCACACAGUUUGUGCUGACUUGUCUAACUUUUUGACAGUGCUGUAAAUUGCGAUGUCCCCCAGAGUUGUGGUGGGUUUUGAUAUGUUUGGUGUAGAGCACUUUCAGGUUCAGGCAUUCUGUACUUUUUUUUUUUUUUAAACGUCUUUGGUUUGAAAUUUCUGUGAUGAUAUCUACUGAGCAAAGCUCUGAUAGACAUACUUCUGUGAUUUCCAGCUCAACGCUGUUGGAUUUUCAGCGAGGUUGGAAAAUGUACAAUCUUCCAAGGUUUUUUAAAUGCAAUGUCAAUAUUCAUAUUUUUUUAAUUCCUCUAAAAAUAAAAAUAAUUUCAAUGUGUUUUUCUGAAA